AUGAACGAGCUCACAGAGAAGGAUUUAAAUUGGACAUCGCCGGGUGGCCAUUGUAAAUUGUUAGAAUUAGACGAAGCCGAAAUCAGAUGGUAUUCGAACAAUAAAUCACUCACUAUUAGCGGUAAAGCAAGCGACGAUAUUAAGUCUCAACUACGGAUUCUUGCUGACUUACCUUGGGCUGAUACUGAAGCAACCGAUGAAGGAAACGACAACGGUAAAGACGCCGUGAUCGAUAAUACUAAUGGCGAAGCACCAGAGGGAGCAAACAACAAUGUUGGCAACGAUGGCGUUCGAAGCGAAGGCUGUGAAACCGGGCAUAGCGAAGUCAUUGAUGAAAAUGAGUCUAGGGAGUCAAAUGGAGCAAGUAAUUAUAAACAUACGGUGUGUCAAUGCCCAGUUCGCGAAAUUGUUGCUGAACUUAAAGGUAUGAAGCAUGAAAUCGCUAUUUUACAAUCUCUUAUCCAAUCGACUGUUAUUAAUAAUCAAGUACCUGAUAAUGGUAGUGAGAUUUCCAGGCUAGAAGCUGCAUGAGCACCAAUCUGUUAUUGAUGAUUUGAAACUUAAAGCAUCUAUACAAAUUGCUGACAUAAAAAGCGAAAUUGUUAAGCUUAGUGCUGAGCAUCAAUCUGUAAUUAAAGAUCAAAAUCUUAAGUAUGCAAUUCUGGAACAGAGAUGGUUAAAAGCAGAAGAGGAGAGAGACUCUUUGCGUUCGGUCCUUAAAAUUGUUGUUCAGGAGAAAGACAGGGUAAAUGUUUCUAAUUUGCAGCCUGAAUACAGCUGUGUCGGUGAUCCCUCUGUCCAACAAAACAAUUUAAAAGCCCAUAGUAUGGUUAAUAAUUCAAGUUCUGCUGUGCAAAUAGACCUCACAAGCAGUGAUGAUUAUCAUAGUCAGCAAAGAGAAUUGGGAGUUCAUCCCACUAUUCAAAUUACUCAAAAGCCUUUGUAUUCAGCCACCCAAACCUCUGAAACCAAUAUACCUAGCCUGGUCCCAGGUGGUCAACCAUGGAUUUCUAGAAGGUAUGAUCAAUUAAAUGUCAGCAACAGAAGCAAUAAGCCAACUCCAAUUAGUCGUUACCCCCAAUAUUCUGCUGCCUCAAUUUGUAGAACCAUACCUGAUCAGUAUCGUGUUGAUCAGCCUUGUUUACACAAUGGCAGUAAUCAGGAGUCGAUUCAUCAGUUAGCGCAUGGGCAAGUCAACUCCGAUGCUUCCAAUAAGAAUAUGAUUAACAACACCAAUUCAUUAAACUGCAACCCAAGUCCCCACAGGCACAGUCCAUCUAUUGAUGUCAAUUCUACUGAAUGUAGAGUAACUCACCACCCACCUAGUCCAUCCAACUCACGUGAUCAAUCAACUAUGAUUAGAGAUAUGCAGCAACCACCUAUGCCACCUCACCGUACCAAGAUUUCUAUAUUGGGAGACUCAAUGAUAAAGCGUGUUCAAUCUCGGCAAAUUCGGCGGGCCGUGAGUACUAGGAAAUCGUCUACAUCCGCUCUUUUCCGGGUGCAAAAUCUUUAGAUAUGACCAAGACCAACUAUGAGGGACAACCCGAACCACAUUAUAAUACAUAUUGGUACAAAUGAUGUACGCCAAAGUAAUCCAGAAGAUGUCAUUAGAAAUGUUGAAAACUUGUGCAAUCAGAUCAAAGACCAAUGUCCCCGUACUACCAUAUCACUAUCGGAACUGAUUGUUCGCAACGACUUUCCUGAUGCUACUACUAAGAUCAGCAAAAUUAAUAAUGAACUGCUAUGCCUUAGUAGAUCUAAAGGCUAUUAUCUAAUUAAUAAUUCAAACAUCAGUGUGCAAAAUCUAGAUAGAUAUGGCCUUCAUUUAAAUGGUAGUGGUGUGGACACUCUUACUAACAACUUUAUAAAUCAUAUUAAUUGUUUUUAGCGACACUCAAUUAGUCACUUUCUCCUACCUCAAUUGCUGCAAUGACAACGACAUUGCUGACCUGCUCUCGUCCAAUGUUAACGAUUCCUCUUUUACUAUUCGUGAUGAAACCUUGUCCGAUAAAGACCCUCUCUCAGUAAUUUCCACGAAAGGCCUAACAUUUUUUUAUCUAAAUAUCCAGGCCAUUACAAACAAAUUUGAUGCUGUGAAACUCUUAAUUUUAAAUUCCACAAUCAGUCGACAGAAAAGCAAUAUAAUCUUCUGUUUCGCAGAAACGCAUCUCAAUCCCACUUGGUCUGAUUCCAAGUAUCUAUUGACGGCUAUCAUUGUGUAAGAAGAGAUCGAACCACGUCCAAAGGUGGUGGUCUCAUUGUCUAUAUUCCUUAUGAUCUCAAUUUUAACAUUCGUUCUGAUAUUCAAGUUUCGGAUGAAUAUUACGAAAUAGAAUACUUGUGGAUUGAAUUCCUUUUCCAAAAUUCCAAAUCCAUUUUGGUUAAUUUUCUUUAUCAGCCGGAUACUAGUAACAAGUGGAGAGCUCAAUUUGAAAACUUGUUGAAAAUAGCUGACAAUGAGCAUAAAGAAAUCCUAAUACUUGGUGAUUUCAAUUGUAAUGUGCUUGAUAAAAGCAAAUAUAGAUUCCUACGCCAACUCGCCUCACAAUAUCAGAUCAAACAACUAAUUAAUAACAUAACACGACCCGUCUCGGGAACUUUAAUUGAUCAUAUUUACACCUCUAAUCAUGAACAUGUUUUAAGGAGUGGCAUAAUCGAGAUUGGGCUUAGCGACCACUUCCCCAUAUAUAUAACUCGUAAAGUUAAUCCACACAUAUUUAGUAACCAGAAAUAUCACCAAACUAUAACUUACCGCAGAACUAAGCAUUUAAAUGUAUCUCGGUUCUGUAGUGACCUUGAUACUCUGCCUUCUACCACAUUAGAAAUAUUUGACUCUCCUGACGAUCAACUUGAAAUAUUUUAUGAACAUUUUAAUUCGGUAUAUUAA